AUGGACAGCGAGUCUGCCAACAGCCGUCCGCCUCCAGAGGUGUUCGAGCACACACAGUCGCAGAGGAACGAGAAGAUGCAAUGUUCAAACCACGAUGAAACGCAUAUGCUUGUUCUCUCCCCUGAUGGGGAACUUUCUGAACACUGGGCUAAAGCUUCAGCCAGCUGCUCUAGGAUAAGGCUGGUGAAAGAACUAGGAAACCAAAAUAUUGUACAAAUAGCAUGUGGGGACAAGCAUGCCAUGGCGCUCUGCAAAGGAGGUGAGCUCUUCACCUGGGGCAAGAACACCCAUGGUCAGCUUGGAGUGGGGAGCGAAGCCACGCUCAUGCCCCAACCGCAGCUGGUGGAAAGACUAAAGGGCAUCUCACUUGCUCAAAUUGCUGCUGGAGGAGCUCACAGCGCUGUCGUGUCACUCUCUGGAGCUGUGUACUCCUGGGGAAAGAAUGAUUUUGGACAGCUGGGACUUGGAGACACAGAAGACAGGGACCGCCCGUCAUACAUUAGAGCAUUAGAGCACUGGAAGACUGUAUUUAUCUCAUGUGGUGCGGAUCAUACUGCAGUUCUCUCCAAGGAGGGGUUGGUGUGCACCUUUGGAGCUGGAGGGGCUGGCCAGCUUGGUCACAACUCCACCCAGAAUGAACUCACACCUCGCGUGGUGGCCGAGCUGUGGGGAGCAAGAGUUUCGCAGGUUGCCUGCGGCAGACAGCACACCCUGGUCUAUGUCCCCUCCUUGGACAAAGUCUAUUCGUUUGGUUCUGGUGAAGGACAGCUGGGAGAUCAGCCUAAUCAGUUGAUACCACUUCCCAUCAAUUGUCCAGCAAAUAUUGGAAAAUCCUUUCAGGAAAACAACACAUCACAGAAGGCGACUGAAGUUAUUGCAGGAGGAAGCCAAAGUAUUGUCCUUUGCAAGAACAAGAAUUCCUGUUUGAAUGGUAUUGCCACUCUAAGGGAUGAAGAUGUGGAUGCGUGGAUUUCUAAUUCCAGUUUGCAACGCUGGGAGAGAGUAAAAAAGAAUAUCAGAGUGAUCUUUUCAUCCGAGGCUUGCAUCAACGGAAGCUUCCUGGAGAAAAGAGACAAACAUUUCAAAACUUCCAAGGAAUUUUCGGGAGUAGACUUGUCAGAAGUGCAACGUUUUUAUGAGAAGAUCAACCAGAAGCCAAAAGUCUUCGAAGAGGUGCAAAAAGAGAUUGAGGAGUUACUGCCAUCAUUGUCUUCCUCUCCCAUCUCACCAGAAAAUUUCAGAGUCUACUUGAUCCUGCCUUUCCUUCUGCGGGGAGAGGAUGGCCGCUCUUUCAAUUCUCUCGGGCUGCUAGCACAAGCCAUCAUGAACCUCCAGUCAACGGACCUGCAAACUCUUGAAUGCCUGUGGUCAAAUCUAGAAACAGCCUUCUUCAAAAAGCUGGUCAUUCUAUACCAGAGGGUUUCCCAGAGAAACCUGUCUCAAUUUAUCAUGGAAGUCAGAGGCAACCAAAGACAACCCUGCGACCUGCAUCCACUUGAAACCGCGACUCUGCAAAUACUGCAGAUUCUUUACCAGGUGAACUCCAGGACAGGUUUCAGAGUACAAGAAAAAAACUUCUACGUGACUCAAGUGAAAGAGAUUAUUGGAUGGUGUGCAUUCUUUAAUCUAAAAGAUAUGGCCAUAUGGAAGCUGAUCAAAUAUCCAUGCAUCUUUGACAUGCAAGACAAGGUCAAUGUUCACAAUAUAGAAUGCAAAGUCCUGUCAAGGUCUUUAAGUAAUGUACCCUUCAUGCUGAUGGGCUGCACAUGGUGGGUUUUUCCUAUCAGAAGAGAGAGCCUUCUGCAAGACCUAUGGACCCAUUUAAAUAACGCGGCAACACCGGAAUUCAGGAACAGGUUAAAGUCGCUAUGGGUGCCUCGGGUCUCGCAGGUGGCGUUCAUAGGAGAGGCAGGAGUGGACGAAGGCGGGCCAGCGCAGGAUCUCUUCAGUGUCGCCACCAGGAGCCUCUGCCAGUCCAGCAGCGGGGCUUUCCACCUCCUCCCCUCUGGCCUAAUGUGGUUCCCCAGCCAGGUGUCGAGCUGCGAUGACACUUUCUUCCGGAUCGGGACACUGUGUGGAAUGGCCCUGUAUAACGGCUGCCUGGCGCCCUUCCCCUUCCCCUUGGCUCUCUACAAGAAGCUGCUGGGCCUGGCACCCACCCUGGAGGACCUCAAGGAGCUGUUGCCAGAUGUAGGCCGGACACUUCAGGGAAUUUUGGAUGAAGAAUCUGGUUAUGACCCUGAGAGCCUGGACAGGGAAUUCACGAUAAUAGAAGGAGGUUCCAUUGUUGAACUUAAAGAAAAUGGUGCCAACAUUCCGGUCACUAGGGAUAACAGGAAGGAAUUUGUUGACUUGUAUGUGAAUUAUGUGUGCAAUGAAUCGAUACAGAAGCCAUUUGAGGACUUUAAGAAAGGGUUUUUAAGAGGCUGCCCAGCUGUAAAGUGGAAGAUGUUUCUCCCUGCAGAGCUCCAGAUUGUUCUCCAGGGACACAAAAAAUACGACUGGAGUCUGCUGCAAGAGAAUGUGAAGUACAGCGAGUACAAAAAGUUAGAUAAAACCAUCAGGAAUUUUUGGACUGUGUUUUACAAACUCCCAGAAGAAAAAAAGAAAAUGUUUUUUGCUUUUUUGACAGGAUCUGAUCGAAUCCCUGGAUACGGACUGGAAUAUUUUACAUUUACUAUUGCAGAACAUAAAGCAGAAAAUCCAGAUGAGUUCUAUCCUUUUGCCAGUACCUGCUACCGCACUUUGGUCCUCCCCAGAUACAGCAGUAAAAAAAUACUCAGGACAAAACUGCUCUAUGCCAUAGAGCAUAAGGGAACUUUUUCCUUGCCCUAA